CGCUGCUCUCCGAGCUCGUCUUCGAUUUCGCCACCAAGUCCGACCUGAACACCGCAACAGAAAGUCAAGAUGAAUCGCCAAGGCGCUACCAGAAGAUUGAUGACUGAGUACAAGGCUCUCACCCAGAACGGUUCGCCCGAUGGCAUGUUCACAGCUGGCCCGGUCACCGAGUCUGACUUCUUCCUCUGGGAGGCGCUCAUCGCCGGUCCGAAGGACACACCAUUUGAAGGGGGCAUAUUCACCGCGAAGCUCACAUUUCCCUCGGAUUACCCGCUUUCGCCCUUCAAGAUGACGUUCGACCCGCCUAUUUUCCAUCCGAAUGUGUACCCAAACGGCGAAGUUUGCAUAUCAAUCUUGCACCACCCGGGCGACGAUCCGAACAUGUACGAACAGGCGUCCGAGCGUUGGAGCCCCGUACAAAGCGUAGAGAAAGUCAUUCUCAGCGUCGUAUCCAUGCUUGCUGAACCGAACCUCGAAAGCCCCGCCAACGUUGACGCAGCAAAGAUGUACCGCACAGACCGUCCAGCAUAUGAGAAAAUUGUACGGAAGAACGUGGAGGAGCUCCUGGGUCUUUGAGCUGCGCAGGCUCAGCUCGGUCCCGAAGGUUAUUUAGGUCAGACUCGAAGAGGAAUGGUCAAGGAGAAGGAGGUUUGCGCAGCUGAAGCUCAAGGGUCAUUCAUCCCAGACUCGAGGAUCCACCCCGCCCCCGCCAGAGUUCACUCUAGCGUCUUAGGUACUUAGGAACAUGCAUAGUCGAUUGUAAUAACAAGGUUCGGCCCAGCGUCA